GAUAUAUAAGAACUGCAGUUACGUCUUAACCUCACAGUCAGCACUUGGUUGUCAGCACUGCAUUGUCAGCACCUCAAGAACCUCCUCCUCCUCCUCCUCAGCAACUUCUGUCGGCACUUCUUCAUCAGGUUCUUCGAUUCGACUCCUCUCAUCAUGAUUGCCAAGGUAAUGCUCGUGGUGGUGGUGGUGGUGGCGUCUGCUGCGGCGGCUCCACAGCGAUACGCACCCCGCCCAAGCUACCAAGGCGUGUCCGGCCCCUUCAUCCCCAUCCUGGUGGACGAGAGGGACGGCCCCCGCGCGGACGGCACCUACAGCUUCAACUUCGAGACGGGCAACGGCAUCCGCAGGAACGAGAGGGGCCACCCGGGGGGACCCAAGGGCGCUGUGGUGUCCGACGGAGGCUGGUCCUUCACCUUCCCUGACGGCACCCCCGCUGUCUUCACCUUCGUGGCUGAUGAGAAUGGUUACCGCCCCGUGUCCAACCUCAUACCCACGCCCCACCCCCUCCCCGCCCACGCCCUUGAGCAGAUCGAGUUCGCCCGCCGGAACCCAACCCCCGCGAGCCGCCCAGGAACCUACCGCCCCUUCUAAGCCUCCUGCAGCGCCUCCUCCUCCGCCUCCUCCCAGCACAGCAUCCGGCAUUGUCACACUCCGUCAUUAUUUAUUAUCUAUGUGGUUACUUGAGAUGAGUCCUGUGGUUGGUUUUCUAUUUUUUUCCUCUAUUUUCUCUCCUAUUUUUUUCUUACACUGUUUUCCUCCCCUUCUUUCUCUCAUUCCUCGGUCUUUAUUUUUGCAUUUUCCUUCCUAUUCCUUCUUUUCCUCCUGCAUUCUCCUUCCUCCGUAAUCUCCCUCUCACCCAUCUCUUCUAUUUUCCUCACCUGCGUCUCCUUCCUCUCAUUCUCACCUCUUUCCCUGUAUACACCUGUCCUCCUUCUCCUCCUCCUCCGCCUCCUCACUCCUUACCUGCGAGCUAAUCAAGACUCACCUGUAUACCUGUGUUUGUGUGUACAUAGGAACCGCUUGUCGCACCUGUGUUGUACUAGACUAAUGAAGCAAGUUCCAAAGCGUA